AUUUUAUUUUAUUUUUUAAUAUCUGCAAUUGAAAAAGAUAUAUUCUUAGUAGUUUUCAUGUGUAAGUACACACAUCAGAAUUACUGAAGUGCACAAUGCUCUCAUCAGUCCUGUUUGAAAGACUUUCUUAUCCUGCAAAGCAUAAUCCUGGUACCCCUGAGUAUUAACUGAUGCUGGUUAAUCAGCCCAGGUUUGCUCUCUUGACCCUCUGUCAUUGACUUACAAGGCUUUUCUAAGUAGAUCAGCCUGCUUUGUAGCAUAGCAAAACUCACACAGAAAUACCAGGGAGCCCUAAAACUGGAGGCAGAAGAGCAUUUAGCAAUAGUAACACCUUCGUGUGCCUAAUGGCAAUGCUUGUGUGUGCUUCUGUACUUCUAGAUGUAAGCAGUUUUGGAUCAUGUUUCAACUCAAAACAGUUAAACAAUAUACCCUGUAUAUUUACUAUAGAAAAAAUACUAUAUUUACCAUAAACAAUAUGCCCUGUAUAUUUACUAUAAAAAAGAUCAACUGAUAGAUGGUUGACCAGGAUUGAUAGUUGUGGUCAUUGUCAUUCGCUUCAGAUAGAAAUUUCUCUUUGUUAACCUUUAGGGAAUGUAUUACUUUAACAUCUGAAGCACCAUGUGGCUGAAGCUGAUGUGUCAGUGCUCCUUUGGAACAGUAUCUGCUGGGGACAUACAAUGUUCUGGUAGUCCGAUAAGAAAGGCAUUGUAAGAAAGGCAGGCUGCAAACUCCUGUAGGAUAUCCCCUCAGAGUCACUGGAAUAGUUAGUACUGAACAGGAAGAAAGCAUACCUGGAAAGAGUGGUUCCCAAAAUUUCUGUGACUGUGUGAUACCUUCUCUUUGAGGCCAUGCCAAGUGUUAUUUCCAGUCUGUGUCUGCAGUAGGGUGCGUAUUGGGAAGGCAAAACCAUAGUGGCACUUCUUGAAAGCUGUUAUACCUCCUUGCUGUUUUUCAUCUGUUCACAGUGUAUAUGCAUCUGCUCGAAAGCUGACUGCUGUACAGGAAAAGGCUGUUUAUACCUGAUUUAACCCUUCCAUGUAAGGCACUACAGAUAGGCAGAGGUCAGUGCCGUGUUUGCUUCUCCUUGCACUGAAAAAAUAAACGGGUCAUAAUUCUGGUUCCAUGUGACAAUUGGCAAUUAGAUAUUAGGCAAUGUUUUGCAAUAUGAAAUUAGUAGAAUGACCCCAAGGGAUCAAGAGCCAAGAGUGGGCGGCUGACACCCAUUUUGUCUCCUUUUCAUUUCCCUAGGAGACCAGGAUUGUUUCAAGUGAAUUUCUUAUGCUUGUGGGUGUCAAUUUGAGAUUCAUUAAAUUAAAGGGAGCUUUGCUCUUGAAUUCCUCCUGUGUCACCAGCAUCUCUUUCUUCUAAGUUAGAUUUCGUGAACAGAGACUUUUGCACAUUGUCUUGCAGCUUUUCUUGACAUUCAGGGUACUUUGUGAUAAAGAAGUGCUUGUGGCUAUUUGGUAUAAAUUCAUCAGCUGUUAUAUACUAGACCUUACAAAUGAAUGCUACAUUCUGUUGCUGCAUGUUUAUUUGAAUUAUUUGCAAUGCCUUCACACUUCCCUCUCCCAGCUUAGAAAUGGAUAUGAUUGCAGCAUGGCUGGCUGUUGGUAAGAGGGACAAAGAGGGCAGAAGAAUGACAUGCAGAAGCUCUGUUUGGUCAGUGGCUGGCAGAAUUAAUUCUGAAAGAAAUUACUGUGCCGAGGAAAUUUGUGUAGCCCCAUCACAAAUUGUUGUUAUUCAGCUCAUACUGGAUUUGACAAACGUAUAGUUCAGUGGUUCUUUGGAAAUAAUAAAAGAUCAAUUAUUGUGCUGGGGUGUAAAAAGCUAUGCCAAAUUUCUGACCAAAAAACAGGAAGCUGUGUUAUGAAUUGCCUUGAGAAAUAAAAGAUUUCCUUCCUUCUUCACAUCAUGAGCAAGUGCAUCACCUUCAUUCAGGGCAGAGAUAAAAUUCCAAUCCAUAUGGAUUUUGUAGUGCCUUUGGGCUGGAUAGUUUGACCACCUCAGUAGAGAGGCUACUAGCAACUCUUCAAUUCUUUCACUUGGAAUGCCAUCCCUAUGGCCUCCUCUUUCAUAAACCUACAAGGGGCUGGGGUUGCCAGGCUGGCCCAUGAAUUCAAGAUGAUGCUUUCACUGCAGUGGGUUGUUGCAGUGCUAUGUGUCCAGGAGCAAACUGAGUGGAAUAGGUGUAGUAAUUAUCUUUUGCUGUGUGGAAAAUGUGACAUGUUUGGUGAAAAGCAAUAGACUGCCAAGAUCUCUCUAUUUAUUCCCCCUCUAAACCUGUUUUGGUUUUUUUUUCCUCAUACAUCUGCGACAAUUGUCUCAGCAACCCUCAAAAAACCUCAUGUGUCUUGGGCUGAGUGGUUUGCCAGGGAAAAUUAUAGCUGACAAUCCCAUAAUUCAGCAUAAUAGAUGGGUGAACAUGGGAGGGGGUUGCUUGCUCUCUGGUAUUUUUAGAAAGUGGCAGGUAAGGAUUACAGUGUCUGUGCUCAUGGUGUAGUGGGGAAUAUGACUUUGUAAGAGUUAGGCAGUGCAAAUGAUAAGGUUUCAUGGGAUGGAAAACAAUUCUGCUGUAUUCAGGAGGGGAAACAUCUUCUUACUCCCACCCAGGGUAGGCAAGUCUGUCUUCCCUUCUAUCCUUUUAAGAAAGAAUCCGUCUUUUGUGUGUCCAAACUUAUUGCUGAGGCAUCCCAUUAAGCGAGUCACCACAACUUCCUGUUACUUGGUGGUGUCCUAUCAAUACUUAAUUUUGCCCACCUUUCCUGCCUCAAUCAGGUCCCAGAAACUACCUCCACCCUCCCGCCCACAAGGUUUUUAGCACCCAGGCGACAUACAUACCGAUCCCCUGUGCUGGGGCUGAUGGCAGCUCUUCAGAGACACUGCCUUGUGCCAGGCGCAUCAGCGCCCGCCCAUCCAGCUCUCCAGUAUAUGCCACCCUAGGGAUCAUGUGUUAGCUGGACAAGCCACUCGAGGAGGAGACUAGUAGUGAGAAUGUAAGGAGUGGUAGCUAAACAGAAACGGGUGAGUAAAGCUGUUUUACAAAUGAUAAAACACUGUUCCCAGGGGAGCCUGGAACUGGAGCCUUUUGGUGGGGCAGGUGAGAAAAUAGUGGUUGAUGGUGUACCUGGCAGUGGCAGCAUGAUGGGAGAGUGAGGGGCUUGAGGUUGCCAUUGAGAGAAAGAGCAAUGGGAAAGCAGAAAAAAACAGACAAAUCAGCAAGAUUUUGUAGAAGAUACAGAAAGCUCAGAAAGAAGCCAGAAAGGGGAGAGAAGGCAAAGAAGCUAAAUAAUGAGAAGAAGCAAAAGAAAAGUUAGACUGCUGAAAAAGAUUGCAAUAUAGUUGCAAGACCCGAAGGAUGUCAUUCAGCAGCAAAUCUGAAGAUACAAAAGCUACUUGACUCACUAUAGGGCACAAGAAGCAUGCCAGAGAUUCAUGUGAGCUUGAGAACAUGUCAGGAUCCUGCUUGUUGGUGCCUGGGCAUGUGGUAUAAACUAGAGGAUUUGGAGGUGGUACAGCUCACUCUGACACCUCUGCUUCUGUUACUGACUGGAGGGUACUGGGUGCACUUUCUACAGAGGAUCUUUGGGUCUGCUUUCAUUUCCAAGAAAAUCCAGUUUGUGUGUACUCAGACUGCUCCACAAACCAAACAAUAGUACAUGGGAAUGGGGAUAUUUUAAAAGGACAGCCCCAGCUUUAGAAAAACACGCUAAUGUAAGUAUGUGCAAAGGGAAGAUGCUUUGUGGACUAGCAUAUCACUGUCUUGGAAGUUUUGCUUAUUCUAUCAAAGUUAGUUAAUUUGUUCUGUGAGAAGGUUGUAAACAAGCAGCUGGUGGGCUCCCCUUGAAUUCUGGAGUUAUUCACCUCUUCUGUUGACAUCCAAAAUCAUUCUGUUUGCAUCCAAAAAGGCAGGAGAGAGGUGGCUGUUAGGGUCUGAACUGUGUCUUUCCUAAGAAAUACUGAAUUAAAUUAUUGACAAUUGAUAGGAUAGAAGGAAAAACUGGAUUAUCUAUUGCAUUUCAAUUCUGUAGUUGAAUAGAUGAAAAGGUUUGAAAGGAUGAAAGGCUUGUUACUUCACCACGGUGUAUUUUGUAACCCUGUAAUACAGGCUUUUUGGCUAAUUUCUGGUAGAGCAAUGGAGAGAGCAGGUUUAUCAUAUUGUCAAUCCCUGCCUGCUGAAACUUGCGUCUUCAUUUCAUGUGUGUUAUUAAAAAAUAAAAUAAAAAAGCCUGACUUGCACCUCAAGCUUCAGUUUCAUUCCUUUGGUCAAAUACCAAAAUGAGGCAGUUAUUUCCUCAUGAAGUAGAAAAUCUGACUAAAUAAGUCACCAAUUUGCACAAAUGUCAGUUGGAGAAGUGUUUCCUGUGUAUUAAAUGAGGUUUAGAAGAGAAGAUUUUAGGCAGUCUGAAAACCACACCCACCUAAUUCUGUAUUGUAAUUUGUUGGCAGGACACCUUGUGAAAACUAAUUGACACACUGAAAAGUUUUCUUAUUGACAGUAUCUAAUUACCUAACAUAUAUUAUUACCUAUCAUGUUUUUUUUUUGUUCUCCCCUGGCGAGUAAAUGCUUAUCAAUUACAAGGAAGUGGGUGGAGUUAGGGUGGGAUAAAGGGUAGAAGUCACAUUAUCAUUGAGAGUAUCUGUGGUGUUAGGUUCAGAGAGCAGCAGCCUUCACCUAGACAUAAUUUUGGCUCUUAGAAUGUGUAAUUCUUAUUUGGCUCCAUCUCUGGAAGCUUGCUAGAUUCUCCACUACGGAUGAGCAUAUAUUCUCAGAAAGGCAGCUGGUUGGCAUUUUGGAGGAGUAAGCAUGGAAGAAAAUAGAGAGGGCCAUGGUCUUGCAGAAAGCAAGAUUUUGUCAAUCUGGAUGAUUUUGUUUGUGGCGUUAGUUUUGUUGCCUUCGAUGUUCCGAGUGUCAUUGGGGAUUUCUCAUUUCUAUGUGAAUAUUGUAAUAAAAAUAUUAGAGUGGGCCACCCUGCAGAUUGAGGAGGGAGUAAAAAAGCAGAAGGCGCUGGCACUUGAAAAUUUAAUCUCCACUGGGAUCAUCCAGAGAGACGAAACCCCCAUGGAAGAGGAGAUUGCUGGCCGGUGCCAAGGGUGCUUCAGCCUUGCUGAUGUUAUGUACUUCUCCAAGAAGGGGUGUGAGGCAGUUGCAGAAGAUGAAGUCACUCGACGGUUCUCCUCUGAGGAGCUGGUGUCCUGGAACCUCCUCAGCAGAACCAAUGCCAACUUGCACCGUGUCAGCUGGCAACUCACUGUUGUGUGGGUCAUUGGGAUCCUAAUUCGGUAUUGUCUCCUGCUGCCUUUUCGCGUCUGCUUGUCUGUUUUCAGCAUCCUGUUGCUGGUGUUGGCCAGUAUGGUAGUAGGACAGUUUCCAAAUGGCAGAGUUAAAGGCUGGCUGAGCAACCAGGUUCAGAUGAUAUGUGCCACACUAGGUGUCCGAUGUCUGAGUGGUCUUGUCCAUUUUCACAACAGAGAAAACAGACCACAGCAAGGAGGCAUCUGUGUAGCCAACCACACAUCUCCAUUAGAUGUCCUAAUCCUGGUCAGCGAUGGAUGCUAUUCCUUGGUUGGCCAGGCACACGGAGGGCUUAUAGGACUCAUUCAAAAAUCUUGCAUGCGGACCGGUCAGCAUGUCGUAUUUGAACGUUCGGAAAUGAAAGACCGUCAUCUGGUGAGGAAAAAAAUUAGAGAACACAUUGCAGAUAAGGCCAAAUUACCCAUUUUAAUUUUCCCAGAAGGUACCUGCAUUAACAACACAUCAGUAAUGAUGUUUAAGAAGGGAAGCUUUGAGGUAGGAGGGACCAUCCAUCCAGUAGCAAUCAAGUAUGACCCCCGAUUUGGAGAUGCCUUCUGGAACAGCACAAAGCAUUCUAUGAUGACCUAUACUUUCAAUCUGUUGACCAGCUGGGCUGUUGUCUGUAACGUAUGGUACCUGCCACCGAUGGUCCAAGAAGAAGAAGAAGAUGCUGUUCACUUUGCCAACAGAGUCAAGGCUGCCAUUGCUGCUCGGGGAGGAAUGUCUGUACUUCCUUGGGAUGGGGGACUAAAAAGGAAAAAGGUGAAAGAGUCUUUCAAGGAAGAGCAACAGAAAAAAUAUUGCCAGAUAGUAAUAGAAAAUGGAUCUGUGGGAAAUGGAAAUGUUUGUUAAACGGUAUUUAUUUUAUCUCAUUUUUCCAUGACUUAUCUCUACCAGAAAAUAGACUGGUUUUUAUAGGAAACCAAACAUGUUUUCCUUCUGUCUCUGUAAGAUAUUUUGCAUAUGACACAGCAGGGAAACCAUAAAGAGAUAUCCUUAUUUAAUGCAAAAGACUCUAAUUUUAUAAAUAGGAAAAUAUACAAUCUACUAGUAAAAUUCUCUCCGAUGUUGAGUGAGAAAAAUUGGCAAUAAAAUUACUUAGGCUUAUUAAAACACCAUUUUAAAACAUUUGCAAUACCUUGAGGACUUAAAUGGUUACCUGUUAGCUUCUAACAAAACAACUCUGUAGUCCUAGCCUGCUGUCUCAGUGACUUGGACUAGCAGUGUUCCUGUCAGCCACAGUAACCAUGUUGCUGUGGAGAGCUCCUCACAUCAGGAGACGUUAGGCAGUUCACCAAAACAUGUUUUCCAAAUUGUAUGUUGGAGAGGAAGUGUUGGAUGUCAGAGGGGGAAAAAAAACACGUGCUGACUUUCCUCUCCAUGUCACAAGACCAGGGACAGCAAUGUAGAAAGUUUUCUAUUCUGACAAAGAGCACAACAGUGUCCAGGGCAGCAUGCCCCUGAUGCCUGGGUGUGUGAUGCUGAGGUAAAUCAGUCACAGCCACGGACAGUGUCAAAGAAAAUAUAUUGUGGUUUUAAAUUACAUUUUAUCUUCUAGUUUUGUUGUGUCCCUUUCUGUGUCUCUUUGUAUGUAUUACCCAAAUUAAAGAAAACAUUUGAUGUGA